UAUUCAGUUUGUAUUUUUUGUUUCAUAUUUUACAAACUAUACAAUGAAUGUCCCUAUAAUCUACGUAGAUAUAAUAGUAUUACAAAAUGUAAAAUUAGUAGUUUCAAGAAUUCUGUUACAGCAUAGAGUGAAUUUUGUGUCCAAGAUGAGGGAUGACCAUGCUAGGGAAUGGAAUUAUCUUUGUAUCCAGUAUUGUCAGUUUACAUAUAGCACAGGUUACAUACGUUGACCCUUUAGCCCAUCAGCCUCCCUGUACCAGCUUGUGUCUUUCAAUUUCCCAUAUUAGCUACACUAUUGAAUUAGAUUUUCCAGUUUAAAUUAUGAGUAAUUUUAUACUUUAUACCUGUGUCCCUAAGGAGUUGGGUUGAGAUAUUCCAAAGUUAUUACUUAGGACGUUUAGGAACCAUUAGAAAGGCCAUUCUAUAUUGGCCUUUAUUGGUCCAGUUUCAUUCAAUGCUGGCAUGUUCAUCCAUCUUCUGCUCUUGUGAAUGUAUUCUGAUAAUUGAUUUGGUAAAAAUAAUUUGCUUAUAUUAUACACUAGAGCACGGAGAAUGAGAUUUCCAGUUUGAUAGAGAAAGAUCAGAAGCUGCAGGUAGUUGCCGAUUCUCCCAGCUCAAAGAACAGUAUUCAUGAAGAACAUCAGUUAGGAAAUUCCCAACCAUUGAGUCCAGAACACAAAGUGCAUGUCUUGCACAUGAUGCCCUCCACCUCAGCACCAAGGGUCGAAGUGAUUCGAUUUACUCCCCAGCAUCUUCCCAGCACAGAGCAGAAAGUGAUUAUUGAGCAGGUUCCAUUUUUCUCCAUGUUACCAGCCAGCCCUGAACAACGAGUCAAGGUCCAGAGAGUCCCUCAGGCACUAGUUUUUGGAACAGGACCAACUGCUCUUAAAGUUCAGCAGUUACAACAGGUCCCAGUGCAGCCAGUUCAGCAUGUUUAUUCGAACCAAGUGCAGUAUGUAGAAGGGGGUGAUGCCAGCUAUACAGGAAGCACAAUACGUUCAAACACCUACCCUUAUUCAGAAACUCAGCUGUACAGCCAGAACACAAGCGGGAGUUACUAUGAAUCUCAGGGGACACCAAACCAGGUUGCCACGCCGGUGACUUCGCAGAACGUGGUCAGUAGUGGAACGGUGCCAAUGUAUGUCACGGGAGGGCAGAUUGUGGCCAACCCAGGAGGAGGGACCUAUGUCAUCCAGGGAGGUUACAUGCUGGGGAGCUCCAGUCAGUCUUACAGUCACACCAUGCGUGCCUCUCCAGCCACAGUUCAGUGGUUAUUAGAUAACUAUGAAACAGCAGAAGGAGUGAGUUUGCCUCGAAGCACUCUAUACUGUCACUACCUGCUACACUGUCAGGAGCAGAAACUGGAGCCUGUAAACGCUGCCUCAUUUGGCAAACUGAUAAGAUCAGUAUUCAUGGGACUCCGGACCCGGAGACUUGGCACACGGGGAAACUCAAAGUAUCACUAUUAUGGGCUUCGCAUUAAAGCAAACUCACCACUAAUUCGACUGAUAGAGGAUCAGCAGCAUCUGGCCAUAAGACAACAGCCAUUCACACAAAAACAGAGUCCGUUUUCUCCUUCAUGCUACAGACUGAAGCCAAUCCAGAAGGUGGAGGGGAUGACAAAUGGUAUGGGAGUUGGGCAACAGCAGGGUGGUGGCCUGUCAGAUAUCAGCGCGCAGGUCCAGCAGUAUCAGCAGUUCUUGGAUGCCUCUCGGGCUCUACCAGAAUUUGUUGAAAUAGACUUGCAGGGAAAAACAUUACCAGAUGGUAUCACUAUGGAACACAUCAAAGCUUUCCAGCUACUCUAUCGGGAGCACUGUGAGGCAAUCCUGGAUGUGAUGGUGAACCUACAGUUUACUCUGGUUGAAACCUUGUGGAAGACAUUUUGGCGAUACAACACUUCCCAAUCUAGUGAUGGCUCAGGAUUAUCAGUUCACGAUGAAGCUGAGAAACGCCUCCCUAAGUCAUGCCUAGUUGUCCUCUGUAAGUAUGAGCCUUCUCUGAAGUGGACAAAAUACUGUGAUAACAUGCUUUACCAAGGUCUGGUGGAGAUCCUUAUCCCAGAUGUCUUGCGGCCUAUCCCGAGUGCCUUGACUCAAGCAAUUCGGAAUUUUGCAAAAAGUUUGGAAAGCUGGUUAACCAAUGCUAUGAUGAACGUUCCUGAAGAAAUGGUUCGUGUGAAGGUGGCAGCAGCAAGUGCCUUUGCACAGACUUUGAGACGUUAUACAUCCUUAAACCAUCUUGCUCAGGCAGCCCGUGCUGUGCUGCAGAAUACUGCACAGAUUAACCAGAUGCUGAGUGAUUUAAACCGAGUAGAUUUUGCAAAUGUUCAGGAGCAAGCCUCAUGGGUGUGUCGUUGUGAGGAUGGCGUAGUGCAAAGGCUGGAGCAGGAUUUUAAGAUGACUUUACAGCAGCAAAACUCCCUGGAGCAAUGGGCAUCGUGGUUAGACAGUGUGGUAACCCAGGUCCUCAAACCAUAUCAUGGCAGUCCCAGUUUUCCCAAGGCUGCCAAACAGUUCCUGCUCAAGUGGUCCUUCUAUAGUUCAAUGGUGAUUCGGGAUUUAACUUUGAGGAGUGCAGCAAGUUUUGGGUCCUUUCAUCUCAUUCGCCUGCUAUAUGAUGAAUACAUGUACUAUUUGAUAGAGCACCGUGUGGCACAGGCAAAGGGAGAAACACCCAUUGCUGUCAUGGGUGAGUUUGCUGAUCUUGGACGGGCCUUAAACCCUCUGGACCCUGAUAAAGAUGAGGAAGAGGAGGAAGAGGAAAGUGAUGAUGACAGUCAACAAGAAAUUCCAAUGGACAAUGAACCCACAUUAGUGACAGACUCCAUGGAGCCACCAGCCAAACUGCCACGGACAGAUUCGAGGGGAGUGUUUGUCCAAGCGCCACCAACCAACUGAGAACAAAAUGUAGGACAAAAAGAGGAAAGCUUUCGCUUGAAUUUAACACAGUUCACUCACCAUCCAUGGCACUUAAUUGCCAUUGCAUAGAAAGACAUUGUCUAUAGUUAUCACGAAUCUCAAACAUCUACCAAAAUUAUUUUAGUUCAACAUUUAUUUAUGAGUUGUAUUAAAAAAUAAAAGAAGAAAUUUCCUUUCAAAAAA